AAGACUGGGUAUGACAUUGGGAAGGAGAUCGAGGAGAAGGAGAAGCAGUUUGAAGAGAAAGAAAAGAAAUUUGAAGAAAAGAUCACAGAGUUAGAGGAGGAGAAGGCUCAAGCAGUAGUACAACUGGCCCAGGCUGCAGAAGAGAAAGCUCAAGUAGAAGAGUUAUUAGUACUACAGAAAAAGGAGUUUGAGAAACAUUUGGAGGAGAUAACAUUUGAGCAGCAGAAGACACAGUCGGUGAUUGAAGAGAGACUGGUGGAACAGUUUAAGAAAGAAAUGGAAACUAAACUACAAGCCAAAGUGGAAGAAGUUGAGACUCUAAAGAAAGAGAAUCAGGAAAGGGUGGAGGCUGAGAUUGAAGAGAAAUUGACCCAGAAGUUUCAAGAAGAGCUACAGACACAGCUGGAAGCAAAAGCACAAGAAGUGGCCUCACAGAAGGAAAAAGAGCUACAGGAGAUUAUGGAGGACACUCAGUCAAGAGCACAUGCUCAAGCAAAAGUUGAAGCUGAAGAAUUGUUCCAAAAACAAAGACAAGCUUAUGAAAUGAAGAUAUUAGAAAUGGAGGCUCUUAUACAGAAGAGAAGAUCAGAAAGUUUAGCAUACAUACCUCCAGUUGAGGAAGAACCAAUGAAAGGACUUGAACCUCAUCAGGUAGAAAUUGCAAGAAAAGCUAUUUCAAUUUGGAAGCAAUACAGGCACACAUCACUAAAGAAUGAGUUACGUGCUAAUGCGUCAUUGCUUAAAGAAGCUAAUGCCAUUAGUCUUGAACUACGUAAAAACGUGACAUUUCAGUUUACACUUUUAUCAGACACCUGCUACUCACCUUUACCACUGGCUGUGGCAUCAGGUAACUUCAAUAAUUAA